UGCUGUAUACAGGAAACCAAAGCCUGAAGUAGUGGACGUAUCUGGCAUUUUAUCCCAAGGAAGUGGCUGUUGGUGCAUACAGGCUAUGUGUUUAUGUGGUUUCCCAUUUGGUGACAAUCGCUUGGCCAUCGCUUCCCUUUAUAUCUCACCCACUGAUCUUAAUAAUUCUUUUUAUUAUAGAUCAAAAACUGUGGCCGGAAUUUGCGAUUUCGCUUGUGAUAUGUCACUAUCUUUGCAGUUAAAUGCAAUUGAAGCCAAUGGGUUGGCUUGCUUAAACAUGCACAACCUUAUCACUAUUGUUUCAUGUUAUUCAAAGCCUCAGAAAACUUAAGGUCUCUAUGUUUUAUAAAGUUUUGAUAACUGUGGCUCAAAUUUUCCAAAAUGGGUUUUGGGAACCCCUACAGAGCCUCCUCCACAGUAACGCUGUUAUUGCAUUGUUGUUGCAAGCAGUGUAUGAAUCUAUUUUGCAUCUGCCUUCACUCAAUGACUAGUUUUUCUUGGUACGCUCCAGUAUACGACAUGUAUAGCUUAUCUUUAUACGACAUGUAUAGCUUUUCAAAGGCAUUGUGAAGACCAUUAGUUGCUGUUCUGAGUAAGGGGGAUCUCAUGUAUUCGAAUUUACCGAUAUACUGGGAGUACAACUGAUACUAAUUCUAGGAUUGAUUAGCCCCUUAGAUGACAAACAUGAAUCGUUUUUAAUACGUUUCAAAGGGGUUUCCUAAACCUGACACCCCGCGCCUCACCUCGGCCAUGACUCUAGGCCUAUCGCAAGAUGGGAAAGUCUUUGAAUAUGUAUACGUCACGGUAAACGGGCCUAGAUAUGCCUCGGGGGCUGGGGCUGGAGCAUUAACCCCUUGUCACCUUCCCCUACAAUUAUAAUUUCCUGUUCGGUUCUUGACAUCAAGGUUGAACAGGCCAUUUGAGGAAUUUAUUUCAAUAUCAAUAUCAACUUGUUUAUAUGUUAAUGAAAAUUGACUUGUCAAUAUCGACUUUAAAAUAAGUCCAAAGCAGAUGUCAUCUCCCAAUUUGUGUAGUCAAUAAAAUUCGUAAAAAACAAAAGCAUCAGAUACAAAUCUUGCGUGUUAUCACGUACACUUUGUUCACCUUCGUUUGAACAAAAGAAAAAGCUGUGUCAGAAAUCGACUACUUUCUACGUCUUUCUUCCCUCCACUCAUUCAUGAAAUUUACAAAUUUAAGAACUUUGAACAUAUGACUACUUUGCUAUUGUCUUGGAAUGAGGAUAAAUGCUGGUGAAUCGAGAGGAGGAUCCAGUCUAUUUAGUGGCAAGGCAGAGGUGUAGCACUAGCAAUGAGGAUCCUUCUUGGCCUGUUAGGCCUUGUUGUUGCAGGUAAGGUUCUUGCUCAUCGCGCAUCUCCUUUGCAUGUUUCUCUUGUCUAUAGAACCACAUUACGCUAUAGAAUUGCAUAAUGCUGCUGAAUGUUCAUAUUUCGAUGUUAACAAUGCUUUUUAUCAACCUACGUUUGGUUUUAUCAUUAAGGUUUUUAUUAAUUCAAAAUUGUCAUAUGGUUUUGUGUGUUGAUUUAUGUUGGCACCAACUGCUUAAUUUUCCAUUAGAAAGUAAUAAUAACUCUAUUAUUUUGACAGCUUCUGCAUUGGAUUUCAAGCUUAAAGGUACAUACAAGACAAGUGCAAAGUAUGUUUACCACUACGAGGGACGCAUCAGACCAACCCAAGUUCCAGUUCUGAAGACGCAAUUCAUUGAGCUACUUAUUAACUGCACCGUUGAACUCCACCCCCUCUCACACGAAAAGUUCGUCUUGAAGAUCAGCAAGCACAAUUUCACAGCCCUUCUGUCAGAUCCAAAGUACACAGAUGACCCUGUGGUGUGUCGUAAAAUUGGCUCAUUGGAGAGCCUUUCAACUUUUAUCAAAAAGCCAAUCAAGUUCACCUACAAAAAUGGUCUAGUCCAGAAGGUCUUUGCCAUGAAAGAUGACCCUAGGUUCUCUGUGAAUCUCAAAAAGGGUAUCAUCAACCUGUUUCAUGUUGAUAUUACUGGGAAGAAUACUGAAACGACCACUGACGAUCUGUUCACAAAAACUGAGGAAUCUGUCGUUGGCAUUUGCUCAACGUCUUACAGCAUCAACGAGUUUAAAGUCAUCGAUGCUCGCCGCACCUGGAGGACCAUGGGAUACAAUGUCACAAAGGUCAUCAAUAUGAACAACUGCACCAAAUCUGAUUUCGAGGUUUACAACACUGUUGUUCCAGGUCCAAAUGAACACCAAAGCACCAACCCUCUCAAGUCGACAGCCACUAUCAAGUACAAUAUUCUGGGGAGCAAAUCUGCUUUCAAAAUUGAGGAGGUGCACGCAGUUGGCUUGCAUGUUCUGUAUUUGACGACAGAAGAUGAAGGAGGCAUUGAUUCAGUAACUGAUCAGAGAAUAAAACUUAUCAGAAGAGAGGCUGUGAAAUCAGAUCGAGAUAUUGUUGCCAUGAAUGAUCAAAAUGUGGCACAGCAAACACUCUCAAUGAACGUGCGAAGCUUUGGCAACAUCGAGAAAGUGCCAGAAUUUUCGGAGUCAGACAGAAAGAACAGCGUAGACCUCAUUUUCAGAACAAUGACCAAACUGAUGAAGAUGGUACCAGAAUUUGAAAAGCCAAGUAAACAAUCUUCUCCUCACGUGUAUUUGAAAAACUUCUCAAAACAUUUGCUCCAGGUUUUGCAAAUUGUCCGGAGCGUGAAAAAGCCGGUACAUACCACUAUAUGGAGCCGGUGCAGCAGUGACCCAACAAUGAAGAAAUGGAUACUGCACGUUUACAGCUUAUGCGGAACACAAGCUUGCAUGGAGUUCAUGAAGGACAAGCUCAACACGUUGACUGAGGAGCUUAUCUCCAGUUAUUUGAUAACAUCAAGCUACAAUGGAAACCCGACCGAGCUAAUGACAAAAUUUUUCAAGGAAAUGACAUUGUUGGGAAAAGUAACAACUUCUCCAUCUCUGACCAAAAUGGCAUAUCUUGGCGCAACCAACAUAAUCAAGACCUUUUGUAGGCAAAAUAGAUGCAAGACUACCUGGAUUGACGAGAUUCUAACAAAUGGCCUAAAAAACAUCAUCCAACAAUGCAAGCAGAAGGUUACUUGUGGGCCAAUGAAGCACCUACCAGCAACUGUCGUGUUGGCUUUGGUAGAAAACGUGGAACGACCUACGCUGUUCACCCAUCUUGAGAAAAUAGUGCUAGAUGAAAGUUUACCGGUGAUGAUCCGAGUCAAAGCUGUUAUGGCAAUUAGGCCGAUGAUCAAGAUCAUUCCAACCCGGGUGCGCGUUUUGAUGCUCAGAGUUUUCCGCGACCUGUCAUGUGACGUUGAACUGCGUACGGUCUGUUUCUCUGUACUCAUGGAAAACCCUUCUUUCCACGUGAUUUUGCACAUUGCACGUGUCAUUAACCUGGAACCAAGUAGAUGCGUCAGACGAUUUGUUUACGACAAAUGGGUUGCCAUGAAAUACACCAAGACUUGCACUCCGAAAAUUGAUACUGCAUUGAGGUUGGCCUUGGAGCUUUUCUCAAAGACAAGAGUGCCCUCAAGACUAGGCCAAAUGACGAACAGUUACCACCUUAAUUGGUAUUCGAAGAACUGGACCGUUGGAGCUCUGUGGCGCCAUGACGAGAUUUACCGAACUGAUUUCAUGCCGACGUUUAUACAUUCCAGGCUGAACAUUACAGUUUUUGGCAGAAAUAUUACUGUAUUGGAGGGUCAGCUCCGUGUACAAGGACUGGAAGAAUACCUAAAGCAACUUAUUGGACCUAAUGGACUGUUUGAUAUUAGCAAGACUGAUGGUUGGAAAAAGAGUGGAAUCGGAGCACUCUCUGAUAAGCUGAAGGAACUUGAAAAGAAGCUUCCAACUUACACGUUGCCGGAAGAAAAAUUGAAGUUGUUUUUCCAAAUGAAGAUGUUUGGAAAGGUCUUCUACGCCACUGAGACAUCUCUGGAUACCCCUGCCUCGAAACUAGAUAGCUAUAAAAGCUUUGAAGGCCUUUUGAACAUGGUAGAAACUGCAAUAAAACUGCACAAGGGAGUAGAGUACACAUUUUCAAAGCCUUUCAUCCCGAUAGAGGUCAUUUACAGAAUGCCAACUCUCACUGGUAUUACCUUGACAACCAACCUCACUACCAUGAUUAUUCCUGUCUCUGUUUCAAAACUGAAAGUCACGGCAAAGCCUGAUAUGUUUUCAUUGAAAACCCUUGUUUCCAAGAAGAUUGAUUCAGUUCAAGUGAACGCCGAACAAAAGCUUUGUGCAAUCGCUGAUGUUCAUGGUGAAAUCAACUUCCGUAUUCCAAACCUCGUGUUGGGUGGAUACAUGAGAACCACAGUGAAUGUAUCAGCUCAUCUGAAGGCAAAUAUCAACUAUGACACCAAAUUGAGAACAUUGAAAACUGAAAUCGAGACACCAGAAACUGUAAGAGAGGUUCUGACAUUGAAGAAGAAAGCAUAUCACUUUUUGACUGUUGAAAAGCCAAGAGAAAAGACCCCGACACCAGAAAAGAAAAUAUUGAAAUUUUUGGAAAAAAAAGAACAGGAAAAGAUUAUCAAAAGAGAAAGGAGAAGUUUCUAUUCUGAUGACGCUGACGACUUCGAGCCAGAAAUCCUCCCCGAAAGGAAACUAAAAUUAGGAGGAAAGAAAUUGGUCUUAGGUGAAAUCAUGACUGCAUGGAAUUCUGAAACAACAACCACGACUGGAACCACUCCUUUGGUUUCCGCCACUCCUCUUCCUACAACAACACGCAAUGUCGAGACAACAACUGACACAACAACGACUGAGACACCAACGAUGACUGUAACGACAGAAACACCAACGAUGACAACAACGACUGAGACACCAACAAUGACAACGACGCCAACGAUUACUACAACAACAGAAGCGUUUACAACAACUGAAACCACGACAACAACUGAAACCACGACAACAACUACAGAGAUUUCACCCACUACUAGUACGUCAAUGCCACCAUCAACUUCCACUACUGUUGAGCCAGUUAACCCCUCAGUCCCCGUCUCUGACAACGAGGCCGGCAGGACUCUGAUAAUCCCAAUUGAAGUUGAUCAAUUGAAGCAUAUCAAGGUCCUAGGAUCUGGAAAGAAACCUCCUAUCUGCGAAUCAUGGACACUCAAGCUCAAUGGCAAAUUUGUAAGCGUUAACUCCGGUAAGGUUGUGUUGUCAAGCACUCCAACUGUUUUUAACGUGACUUUCCAUGGAAAGAACAGACGCAUUGUCCGCUUCUUUGCUCCCGGACACGGCUACCUUACCAUUCCAACAGACCACAAGUGCCUGAAGACAACGAAGCAGAAGAGCACAACUGAUCAACUGUUUGUGAUCACCAUGACCGGACCUGGUAAGGCAAAGAUUCGCACAGUGGCCCACUACGAUCCAAAAAUGAUUCCAAAAGAAUGGUCACUUGCAGAUGCAAGAGAAUUGCGGGAGAUUGAAGAGAUCGAACAAAUUUUCCAGAAGGAGCAGGUCACCCUUGACAAGGAAUACCUGGACGAUGAGGAAAAGGUUGAGCCCACCCGCCAAACAGCUAGAAUGGCACACUGGACAGCCACUAAUGACGCUGUUUGCCUUACUCCAUCUGAUAAAGCGGCCACGACUGUGCAUGUCAAUCGAAAGACAUCGCUAAAACGCAACCUGAGGCGCUUAUCCUACCAACUUGGGAAGUGCUAUGGAACGUCAAUGGGAUUGACACUUUGCCAGCAUGGUUACAGACCGUAUCCCAAGCUAAACCAUCUGCCACUGAUAUACGCCCCAAUGGAGUACAGACUGCUUCUGAAGCCGGUGACAAAACCAAGAGUAAGCAAGAUCCAAAUGAAUGUUGUAAUGCCUAACCCCAGUGACAAAAUCUUGAAGCAUGAGGUUACCCUGGCAUUGACAGGACAAUCUGCUGAAAAGAAAGUGACCAUAACAACAACAUUUGACCGUACGAAUGCUGUUAUGUCUUUGACUGUUGUACCAGUAGGCCUAGAGACACUUCAGUUCAAGAAAAUGUGCAUGCAAUUUGCCCGCCGUAUCGAUGGCGUGUCUUUCAGCGUCAGCUUUGAUCCAACUUGCACAAAGAAAAAUAUUAAGGUUGAUGUGGUUACUACAAAACAGUUGCCACGCUAUUGGAUGACCUUUGUCGUCAAGCACAGUCCCAGCCAUGUCCCUCAAUACGUCAUUGACAGUAUCAAGUACAUCACAACAACUUUCAUCAUCCCGACACUAAAGACGUCAGUUUACGUGUACCCAAGAGUACAUGUUCCCAAUCUGUACAAGGACACAAGCAAGCUUUAUGUGUCACUUAUUAAAAACGAUACAUUAAAAUUGCACUUGAAGACCAAAGAUGCUUCAUAUGUCUUGGAUGAUGUCAAACUCCCGAAGGUUAUCAGGACUUUACCGAAAGGAACAAAAGAAAUUCCAUUGCUUUCAAAGUUACCUUUUAUUGGUCGAACUCACUGUUUGCACAGAAAUCAGACAUUUGUAACAUUUGACAAGAAGCCAUACAAUUUUACACUUAGAGGGCAUUGUGAGCAUAAUCUCCUAAGGAUCUGUGAUGGAUCAUCAAAAAAUAUUGCAGUUACAAUGAAGAAAAUUGAUGAUAGCAUGAAAAGAAAACUCACCAUUUUGGUUGACUCUAAGGUUGUUGAAAUUAUUCCUGAAAAGAAGAUGGAUGACAAACCAACAAUCAAGAUAAAUGGACAGCAAAAGACAAUGGCUACACGUUUUGUUAUCAAGGACCAAUCAAACCAUCCAAUGAUUACAAUUAUAUGGGAACCAGAGAUUAAAUGUGUCACUUUCUGGCAUCAUAGAUAUGGCCUUAUUGUCAAACUGGUGGAAUCUCAUCUAGUCACCCUCAGAAUCUCUCCUUUCUUUGCAAACAAAACAUGCGGGUUAUGUGGCAACAAUGAUGGUGAACAUUUCAAUGAAUUUAUUACUCCUGAAGGAGCCUUAGUCAAUGACGCUCGAAGACCAACCAUCUUCUACCCAAAAGUGAAACAAUGUACUGAGACUAUCUUUGCGUCAAGCUGGGUUACCCCUAGCCUCAAAUGUAGCAAAGACUGCCCAUUUACAAGGAAAUUUGUGAAAGUUACUACCCCAGGGAAGACAUGUUUAACCAACUUCCGCAUCCUACAAUGCUUCAGAUCAUGUAAAGAAAGUGAACCACAAGCGGUUCUAGUCCCUGCAACAUGUGUUCCACCCUCAAAGGUAGAACAACUUGAAAAGUUCUUAACACAUGGCACAAAAAUGGAUUUGAGCAAAGCCACUGAAUUUUUGGCAAAGAUUUCAAUUCCAAAGAACUGCAGAUGUAACUGCUAAAAACAUUUUUGUACUUAAGUUCUUUGUUUGAUUUAUGUAGUUUUUAUUGUUUUUUGUUUGUGUCUUGAAUUGAAGAGAGUCAAUACAAUAUUCAACAACAAGCAUAAAAUGCAUAAAGAGUUUGGGAAACAAACUUCUCAAAAUCCUCACAAAAUCUUUUAAAACAAAAUUCUAUCUUUAACAGAUAACUAUAUUAUUUUUGCAAGAUUUGAAAGUACAUUUUCUUUCACCUCACAGAUAUCCAAAGUGGGCAAUUUUAUUCCCCCAAAUUUCAAAAUCAUAUUCCUUGUUUGACUGGUUUCAUUUCUCUUCAAUCAGGGUACCAAUAUUUUACACUUGAUUAUGGUUUAUAAUAUAAACCUUACUAAGUUAAUCUUACCUUAAUAAUGAUAUGUUAAUCUUAUAAUAGAAAGUUGUAUUUUACUCUUAAUAUGUUGUCAUUGUAAGCUUAUCUGCAUUUAUCAUACUAUAUUCUCUGCAAACCACAAA